AGAGUAUGUGGGGAGGGGGAACAUAUAUAGCCUUUAUAACAUUCCAUUUUCCUAAUGUAGCGAGGACCACUCUGCUCCCUCAACUCUCUCAACUAUCUCUUCUCCGUCACAAUUUCGCUAAAGAGACCGCCUAGUUAUUGAGGGGAAAGCGAAAUCAUAUUUAACCAAAAUGUUUAUGCAUCAAUCUACUUGCCGAUCUGUCACUUCACAGCUGUACACUCGACACUUUACAUGGAGUCCAAACCCUACAGCUAGUCCUGUAUUGGUAGUUGCAAUGAACCUUCGGUUGCAUGUCCGGCCCGAUCGUUGAUAUUUGGUUAGGAGAUCGAGGGUGCUACGGCGGGGUCAUAGGCGGCAAUAGCGUGGAGGAUAUACGAUGGUAAAUUAAUAAUGCGGGGGGGAAGAUGCAAAUAUAUUAAAACUUGCCUACACCACUACUACCCCGCAGACAGAACCUUUAACCGUAAAGUUUGUCGGCGAUGUGUCAGCCGAAAUUUUAUAGUUAAAACUACAGUGAAAAUGCCGUUGUGUACAUGCCGACUAACAAACCUAGAUGUUUAUACUUCCUUGGACACGGUACGAGCCUCUAAGUUAAUAUAAAAGUCCAAACUUUCUUCCUUAGCCUAUUGUCAUUCCGGUGGGUUGGAUGGGGUUCAUUUUGCCGGGCGAGUCUUGUAAAUACGAUAUAUAGAUGGAUAUGGCGUUGGUGGGAGACAGUUUUUUCAAGCUCUGUAUCAGUAACCUGCCAUCAUGAUUUACGCCGCUGCUGCUUUGUUCGUGGCGCUGCCACUCGUAUCUGCCCAGGCUGCUGUCUGGGGCCAAUGCGGUGGAUCCGGAUGGACUGGGGCAACUACAUGUGCUUCGGGCUCAUGCUGCACCUUCUCGAACGCGUGGUAUUCCCAAUGCCUUCCGUGCACUGGAGGUGGAGGAGGAGCAACAACUGCGGUCACCACUCCCCCAGCAACGGGGGUUGCGACUUCGACUGCUCCAGGCGCAACAUGCAACCUCCCAUCGACAUACAAAUGGACAUCGACCAAUGCGCUGGCACAGCCAAAGUCGGGAUGGGUCUCGCUCAAGGACUUCACGGCAGUCCCGUACAACGGCCAGCACCUCGUGUAUGCGACCUUCCACGACACGGGAUCGACCUGGGGUUCCAUGAACUUCGGCCUCUUCUCCGACUGGUCUAACAUGGCCUCUGCGAGCCAGAACACGAUGAACGCUUACACCGUUGCACCAACUCUCUUCCAGUUCGCGCCAAAGAACAUCUGGAUCCUCGCAUACCAGUGGGGUCCAACUGCGUUCUCUUACAAGACGUCGAGUGAUCCCACGAAUGCGAACGGGUGGUCAGCGGCUCAGACGCUCUUCACCGGAACUAUCUCCGGCUCCAGCACGGGCGUCAUCGACCAGACACUCAUUGGUGAUGACACAAACAUGUACCUCUUCUUCUGUGGAGACAAUGGCAAGAUCUACCGUGCCAGCAUGCCCAUCGGGAACUUCCCAGGCAGCUUCGGUUCCUCAUCGACCAUAAUCCUGUCCGACUCCACCAACAACCUGUUUGAAGCCGUCCAGGUCUACACCGUCAAGGGACAGAAGAAAUACCUCAUGAUUGUUGAGGCAAUCGGAGCAAACGGCCGUUACUUCCGCUCGUUCACGGCUACCGACCUUGGUGGCUCAUGGACCCCGCAGGCGGCGACUGAGAGUGCGCCAUUUGCUGGCAAGGCCAACAGCGGCGCUACCUGGUCCAAUGAUAUUAGCCACGGUGAUCUCAUUCGCAGCAACCCUGAUCAGACCUUCACCAUUGAUCCAUGCAACCUGCAGCUGCUCUACCAGGGACGUGCUGUCGGUUCUGAUACUGAUUAUGGGCUGCUGCCUUAUAAGCCGGCGUUGUUGACGCUGCAGAAGUAGGCGGGAUGAUAAGGGCUGUAUAUAAGUGAGCAAAAUGGGGACGGUGUAUUUUGCG